AUGCCCCGAGCAUCUAAACUCCUCCCCUCCCUAGGCCACGCCGCAUCCGGCGCCGGCGGCACCAUCAUCUCCACCUUGGCCACCUACCCGCUCGACCUCGUCAACACGCGCCUUAAAGUCCAGCGCCAGCUGCGCGCCGACGGGGCCAUCGGGCCCGAGGACGGGUAUGGCGGGAUACUGGAGGCGUUUGAAGCGAUUUACGAGAGGGAAGGAGGGUGGUUCCGCGCCAAACGCCUCCGCGUUAACGAGCCCUACCUCAAAGUCCUCGAAGAACUCGCCGUCGGCGCCGCGGCCGGCGCCUGCGCAAAGCUUUUCACCACGCCCGUCUCCAACGUCGUUACGCGCCGACAGACGGCCAACCUUAUUUCGUCUUCCUCCUCGCGAAGCCAACCUUCUACUCCUACCGAAGGAGGCCCAAGCCCAACACUACCGCUCUCCCCAACUUCCCCCACUUCCCGGUCCCAGAACCAGACAACAAAUGGAAACGACCUCUCCUUCACCGAAAGUAUUCUUCAGAUCUACCGCGAGCGCGGUGUACUGAAUGGGUUAUGGGCCGGCUACUCCGCCAGCCUGGUAUUGACGCUUAAUCCAUCCAUGACUUUCUUCCUGCAGCAGAUCCUGAAGCGGAUGUUGGUUUCGCGAGAAAACUGGGAGGAACCUGGCAGUGCAAUCACGUUUGUGAUUGCGGCUUUUAGUAAAGUCAUGGCGACGAGCGUGACGUAUCCGUUCCAGAUUGCAAAGGCUAGGGUUAUGGUUUCUGCGCCGCCUGGGGCUCAGUCACAGUCCCAAGAGCAAGAGCAAGAGCAAGAGCAAGAGCAAGAGCAAGAGGAUGGGGUAAAAGAGAAGGGGGAAGCAACGGCGACACAAAAAGCAAGGGAAACGACGAAAAAAGCAGCUACGGGAAGAGAAACAAUCUUCUCCACCGUCCUGCGCAUAGCCCAAACCGAGGGCGUCAAAGCCCUCUACGACGGAAUCGGCGGGGAGCUGCUCAAGGCCUUCUUCAACCACGGGCUGACCAUGUUGUCCAAGGACAUCAUCCACGGGCUGAUCAUCCAGCUGUACUUUGCUAUGGUGGCGGCGCUGAAGGAUUACAAGAAAUUGAAGGAAAAGGUGAACCGAAAAGCGAAGAAGGCGAGGGCGGACGUGAGCAGGUAUCACAUGCUUGCGGGGUUGGCGGCGCAGAUGGUCAGGCAGAGGGGGUUGAGGCAGAGUUGGUGA